AGAUUCAUUCAAUUCAAAAUCUGAUCAGGUCAAAUUACUGAUCAUGGUCGACUUCGUCAGCUUCCGCAAUCCCGUUUUGGCUACUCUCGACAUAUAUGCAUGAAGCUAAGUACUCUUAAGCUAAGUAAUUUCAAUAAAUUUCAAUAAAAGGAAGUGAAGUUCGAUUGUUUCGAGUAGCUAAUUUUCUCUUAGGGAUAUCAUCGCUCAGUUAUGUUUACCUUUUAACUUUUGUAUAUCUCGACAUAUGGAAAACGAUAAACUGAUGGAGAAAUUUGAAGUCAUGGACAUGGAUAGGUGUCAAUGGAUCAACAAAACUCGUUAAAUCUAAGAUCACCUAUGAAACUUUCCAAGAUAGCUAUCAUUGUGGUAAAGAUCACAGAAUUUAUUAUCCUUUUGAUUGCGACAGCAAGUGUCGGGUAUAAUGUGAACAAAACACGUAGAGAAGAUGAAAACGUGUUUCCAGAUCCCUACGACUUUGGGUAUCAGGCAAGAUUGGAGUUUUUUAUGUUUACAACGUCCGUUGGUAUGAUAAUCGUCAUAAUUGCGUUUUUGCUACAUGGCACAGAGUGGCAAGAGAAAGUUAGCGGAAGUCGUUUAAUAGCCGAAAUCCACGUCAUUUGGACGAUAAUGUUGUUUGUCUCUUCGAUUAUGAUUGCAAAAACUGUUAGUGACCUUGAUUCGAGAAAUGCUGGAUCCACACUAAAUGGAUUUUACUAUGAUGAAAGAAUUGGAGCAGGUAGCCGAGGAUGCAGAGGACUGGUACUAGGAGAGAUAUUUGGCUUCGUUGGUAUGUUUUUGUUCUUUGUGGAUUCCAGCGUCUAUAUAUUUAUGUUCAUGGCUCACCAAAGAUUACAUUCGGAACUGGGGAAGCAAGUUCUAUAAGCACUGAAACAGUAUAUAUAAGUAUUUUCUAGGACACGAAGUUACAGCCAAGGAAAUUACUGCCCGAUUUUACGUGAUGUUGUGGAACAAAUUUUUAUAUUGUAAAUAGAUGCAAUAAAUUCGAUGCGAGCAAAAUGCGUCGUAUAACCUUGGACUCUAGGCUACCGUAGCAACCAUUUUAGUAAAUAUCAAUGAAGAAAUAUAUUGCACAAUAAGUGCUGCAUAAUAAUUAUGAAA